CAUUGUGAAGCCUGUAUAAUAAUACCAUCUACACAGACAGUCACAGAUGUUACUUCCCUUGGACACAAUCAUAUGAGGUACACCAGUUCCAUAAUCAAGGUUCCUAUUGAUGGUGGAAAGACCCUACAGUUUGUGUAGGAUUUCCUACUUUGGUGACCCCUAGUGGCGGCAUAAAAAAAAUCACUGAGGCAGUCAACAUUGCACACUGUUACACCGCAACAAAUCUGACCCUUGGACACAAAUGAACCAGCUGAAUACAACAGACUGUUCCAGUUUUCACUAGGGUUGUUGCAUUUUUUUUUUACAAAUAAAAACGUAUGACAUAAUAAUGCUACAUUUAGGAAAUUUAAGAUAAUUGAAAAGCAUUAUACUCAAAAAGUCGAGUCGAGGAAAGACUACAAUGAAUGUGUGACCUUAAACCCUCCUUGUUUACAUCUGACCAUCUAUCAAACGGCAUCUUUUGUCAGGCUAGCCAAAAAAUGUCAGUUAAGACUGUUUUUUUGUGCUGAUAAAGCAUCAUCAUUCUACUGUGAUAGAGGAAGGAAACAGGAGUGACAGAGAAGUAUGUGACAGAUAACGACAAACACUAUGCACACUGGUCUCUCAGAACGUUUUGCUGUUUGUGACAAAUUGUAAAAUAGCUCAGUUUCACACCUUCGUACCAUUUUACACUUCUAGUUAGAGGUGAGAGAAAACCAUAACACUGCAGCCGUUCAAAACAAGUUAUUUACAGACAUCCGUUAUGUGAGUUACGAUUUAAUAGGAGCAAAAGUUUUACAGGAGUACAUGUAGUGAAAGUCACUGGGGACUUUCACUGAAAUCAAAUACCAUUUUCUUGGUGGUCAUACAGAAUGGAAGCUGAUUGUGGAGUACAGACUUGUGCCAAGAAUACCCCAGAGUAUUCAGGGUUGUUUUUUAAUGUUUAUUUUUUAUGUUUUUCACUAUAGCAGCUGAUUUCACUUAGUAGCCUGUCAAUAACCAGUGCAGAGGGACUAAUCAGUGAAAACAGCUGGUGUUUGAUUAGACUGAAAGCCUUGUGUGGAGUUCAAGAGGCAAGCAUGAAAGAGGGACUCGAAAAGGUUUUCACUCAUUUCACUUGCACAAUCCCACACUGACGCCUCAAACUGAAUGUGUCAGUGAGAUGACGGGUGAGAGAGAGAGUGCAGAAGAGCAGUGUGUGUGUGUGUGUGAGAGAAAGAGAGUCAGAUGAGUUCCACUCCACCCACAUCUAUCCGUGUCCAAUGUGAGGGGGAGGUGAAACAGUUGAGGGCUUACUGCACUAUUAACUGGCAUUUUUUAGUUGCCUCAGUCUGGAGAAGAGACUAGUCAAGGCUGCUCAUCAUCAGAAUUCCACCCAGUUGGAGCAACAAUGACUUCCCAUGUAAAACUCCGGAAGGAGAAGAUUGCUAUGGUGGACUAUGACACCCAAAUCAAAGAGGUGCGUUGCCAGCUUGUAGACCAGCUGAAGGUGUUGGACCUGCAACUUGAGCAGAAGAGCCAGCAGUUGCAGGACCUGACAGACUACCUGCGACGACGGGGUGAGAUUGAAAGCGAGUACUCCCGCUCCCUUGACAAACUCGCUGAAAGGUUCUCUUCCAGGAUCAAGAGGAAGGAGCCCAGUAGUCACUCUGUGGCCCAGGUCUGGUUAGCUCUGCUGUCCCAGACCCGUGAAGAAAGUAGGGACCACAAUAGAUUUAGUGAGGGCUGCAACAACGUCCUCAUCCAGCCCCUCACACACUGCCUGGAGUACACACAACGCCUUGCCAAGAAGAGUAAAGACAUCUGUAUUCAGCUACAAGAUGGACUACUCAAGGUUACCACAGAGCUGCAGACCGCAUGGCGGACAUACUACCAGUACCACUCAGACUACGUGAGUGCAGAGGGGAAGCUGAAGGAGGCAGAGAAACAGGAGGAAAAGCAGAAGCAGAGUGCUGCUAAAAAACUGGAGAGGUUGAUAGAAAAAAGACAAAGUAAAGUCCAAGACAUCUACCUGAAGUGCAGCAAAGCCCGAAACGAUUACCUCCUAAACUUGGCUGCAGCCAAUGCCUCCAUGGAGAAGUACUACCUCCAAGACAUCUCUACUCUCAUAGAUUGUGCAGAUGUAGGGUACCACCUCUCUUUGGGCCGGGUGAUGCAGGCCUACCUGUCCACUCGGUGGCAGACCCAGCAGAACCUGAGCACAGGGCUGCAGCAGCUUCAAGGCACCGUGUCUGGACUGGACCAGAGCCAGGACAGAGACACCCUCCUGAAGGAUCACUAUAACACCUUCUGUAUGCCCCUUCACUUCCCCUAUCAGCCCCACGAUGGAGACCAGGUCUCCGAGGUCAGUGCAGAGUGUGAAGUAAGAUGUGAUCUGGACACCAGAUUCAAACAGAUACAAACCCGACUGAAAGCUGUCUCCCAGGAAAUGGAGGAGGCUAGUAAGAGCAUGUCAGCAUCCCAGUCUUCCCUGCUGGAGAGUAUCGGUGAUGAUGACCUGGAACCCGGCAACAGUUUGUCUCAGGACGGCAGCACUGAGAACCUGGCAGUCAAGCCCAGUGUGGCCCGCCGCAGGUCCAACGUGCAGGAAAUAGAAAACCUCUACUUUACUAGAGUGAAAGAAUACCUUGUAGGGAGCUCCCUUGUAUCUAAACUGCAAGCCAAACAUGACCUACUUAAAGUGGCUAUGGAAAAAGCUGAAGCAUCAAAUGGAGAUCAGCCUAGAUACAAUGGAAAGUAUAUGCGUAUCAAGAAGAAUCCCUCAAGUGCCAAUUUUAUGCACAACCACAAACUUUUCAAUGGAGACAUGCUGUCCUUCAUACAGGCAUCGGGGCAACAGAUUCCAAUUGUUGUGCAAAGCUGCAUUUGCUUUAUCAACCUCAAUGGUCUCCACCAUGAAGGGAUAUUUAGAGUGCCGGGGUCUCAGAUGGAGGUCAACAACCUGAGGGAUGCGUUUGAACGAGGAGAGGACCCACUGGCUGAGCGGAGAUACGACCUGGACUCUGUUGCUGGAGUGCUGAAGCUCUACUUCAGAAGUCUGGAGAAUCCCCUCUUCCCCAUCAACAGCACCAGUCAACUCCUGGAGCAUAACCAAAUAAAGAACGAGGCGGAGAAAGCCGCUCAGCUCAAAAUGGUCAUCUCUUCCUACCCUGAGCCCGUCAUCGUUGUCAUGAGAUACCUCUUUGCAUUUCUUCAUCAUGUGUCUCAGUACAGUGACGAGAACAUGAUGCAGCCUUACAACCUGGCUGUGUGUUUUGGCCCCAGCCUAGUAAGGGGGUCUCAGGAUGACGAUGUCGUCACGCUGCAGCCUCAGAUCAACGACCUGGUGAAGAACAUCAUCCUCCAGCACGAAAGCAUCUUCCCCAGCCAGAGCACAGUACAAGGACCGGUGUAUGAGAAAUGCAUGACACUGGACCAGGAUGACUGUGAGCCUAUCCCUGAAGAAGGGGAUGUAGAAGCAGAGUACACCCUUGGUAAAGAUGAGUUUGAAACCGGAUCCUCAGUGUUUAACAGCACCAGCUCCUGUGCAGUGGCAACACAGAGAAAAGCAGAACGUCCUAGAGCCAAUAGCAGCGGUUCCAUUGACCAACGCAGGUUGACAGCUGGACCAGCAGGGGGAGGCAUCUCUUCGGGUGGAAAGUUUUUGCUGCAGAUUCCUGUAGGGCCACAGUGCAAACCAAGGCGGGUCCCCUCUCCUAGCAAUGUGUGCAGAAUAUCGCAUCACUCAUCUUCUGAGGAUCUUGGUGUUAACAUAGACAAGGAGGUUUGUCGCCAGAUGGACUCGGUCUUCAAGGAGCUCCUCAUGCGGCAAACUGUGCAGGAUCCCUCCUCCACCGCCUCCUCUCCCUCUGCCCAAGUUGCCCAAAGGAAAGGGAGGCAGAAUGUACGCAGGGGGAGAGGAGCAGGUCUUUUCAAAGCAGCAGAUCCACUGGACUGAGAGGACUGGCAUCAGAUGACCUAAAAAGAGAGAGAUGAUACUAAUGAAAACUGAGGUGUAGGGUGAUGUGCUCUGACAGUAGCUUUCAGCACAUCUAUUUCUAGAGAACUGAGAUCACUGACCCAGUCACUUCUCUGGAGGUCCCCAUGAUUGGUCCGGGCUGCUUUCCACAGGGUGGCACUCUACUCGGAAGCUUUUGUUCAUGUUUUAGCAGAACCCUGCCGUUACUGCAGACCUUCACUGCAAUGUGGAAACUGUGGAUUACUUGAAAUGCACAGAUGUGUUUGUGUACAGCUGAAUCUGGUUAUGCACAUAAUGACUUUAUCAGUGUCUGUGUUGAUAUUCAACUGUUUCCAGUUUAAGCCAAACUUCUCAGUGAUUUUUGGUCAGUACAUGCAUCAUUAUUCAUCAAAAGUCUGUUAACAAAAUGAAAUGGAGUCACAUGGUUGAUAAGAAAACUGUGAAUACUGUAGCUGCAAGGAAAUUGUAUAUAUUCAUUAUUUGUAACUUGGUUACACAUGAUUUGUCUGUAAAUUUCUGCUAUAUGCCAAAUAAAUAUUUUAUCUAUUCUAA